GGCAGGGGUGGAGGUGGUGCAGGAGGAAGUGUGCUGGUGCCCUGCCUCCGGCCACCCUACCAGUCGAUGCCUGGCCGUCCGCUCCGCGCCACACCCGCCUCGGCGUUGCCCUCACCUGUCGCUCCGCCUAACACACGGACACGCGCCCUCCCGCCCCGCCUCUCUUACCUGUCUCGACCCGAACCUCGCGCCGCCUUCUCAUCUCCCCGUCCAGUCACUCCGGAGGCGGCGAUGGGCGUGCAUAGCGUGGCGUCAGGAUGUACAGUGAGCUCACGGUAUGCUAUUUGGAACUUGGCGUUCUCUUGAGCAGUGAAGAUGUAUUAAUUUUUGAAGAGCGGGGGAACGUGUGAGUCGAGAGCGUGCUUGUUUACUUUCCAGUGUGUAUCUUGAGAAAACACAAGUCCGAGUCUUUUAGUGUGAGUCCGUGAGGAAGGAACUGCUACGCUGCUACUACACUAAGUUCUCUCUGUCUCUCUGCAUCUCCAUCUCAGCGGCCGGCAAGUUUAACGCAACAAAAACAAUCGUAAGGAAAAGAAGAAAAUGAUGGCGCUGGAGGAAAAAAAGUGAGUGACAAGUGAGCGAAAAUGACCCACAUGAACCAAACAGUUUGUCGGGAAAUAGCGAAGUAACGAAUAAAUAAAUAAACAAAAAGAAAAUAAGAAAAUAAGAAAGGAAAUUGACGGAAAUAGAGACAGUGAUUUAGCGGCAGAGUUAAAAAAUAAAAAGAAAAUUAUAUCUGCAAGCACUUUGGAGAGAUAAGACACGAGAGCGAGAGAGAGAGAGAGAGAGAGAGAGAGAGAGAGAGAGAGAGAGAGAGAGAGAGAGAGAGAGUCAGUUCCGACCUUUCCUGGCACCCUAUUGUUAGCUGGACGAAUGAGAGACGUGCGAGAAAUGGACUCUGAAAGAAGACGUGCCGGUGACAUCUACUGAAAGACACAAGGCAAAAAGACGGAGAAGAAAAAAAAGAGAGAGAGAGAGCAAAGUAAAAUCAACCCAUCUCUCUUUAACCCAAAAAAUAUCAACGAGUUAGAAAGAAAAAAAAAGAAAGGAAAAAUUAAACUAGAAGACAAAAGCUUCACUAAAGAUCCACUUAAUCUGGUGAGAGAAAGAAAGACAGAGAGGAGAGAGAGAGAAAAAAAAAAAGUGUACCAAAAGUUUGCGUGGAAGUGAAGCAGAGAAAAAUCAAGGGCAGAGAGAGAGAGAGAGAGAGAGAGAGAGAGAGAGAGAGAGAGAGAGAGAGAGAGAGAGAGAGAGUAGAAAACUGAUGACCCUCUGAGGCCUUUUCGAGUGCUAACCAGGGAUCAAUAUCGACUGUAACCUUUCGCGGACACAGCUAAGCCAAGCCAAGCCGAGCCAAACGAGGACAGGCAGGCAGGAACGUCGGCCUCGCGAGAACAUGAAGAGGCCGCCGACACAGUGACAGCAAAGUGAAAGAGAAAGAAGCACAAGAAAAAAAGCUAUUUAGGACUUUGAAAACUAAAAAAGGAAAAUAAAAAGUAAGAGAAAAUAGAAAACACACACACACACACACACACACACACACACACACACACACACACACACACACACACACACACACACACAUACACAAGUUGGCGAAAGUGCAAAUCUGAGAUAAAUAGACCGCGGCAAAGUGAGUGAGAGAGAGGAAAAGAGAGAGAGAAAAGAGAGAAAAGAGAUUGGGUGAGUGGAGCCACAAAGCAUCCUAUCUCAAUUACUCUCUUUUUCUCACUCAAUUUCUAUACCAAACACACACACACACACACACACACACACACACACACACACACACACACACACACACACACACACACACACAAGCACGUAAACAUUUGACGAGGAAGAAUGCAACGAUUGGAACCAGGAGUCGAGAGAGGACGAAGAAGAGGAGGAGGAGGAGGAGCAGGUGGAGGAGGGGGACUAGGAAUGAGAGGAACCCUAGCUCUGUUCCUGCCUCCGUACCUCUCACAUCUCCCCCGCCUUCUGAUGCUGCUCCAAGGGACUCUCCUAAUUGUUCACGCCUACGGGGACUAUGAAGAUAACUACAUCCACGACACGGGAGAAGAGGUGGAGGCGGAGGAAGUGCAGGUGGUGGAGGGCUACAACGCCACCCUCCCGUGCACCAUCAACGCCCCGCCGCACGACUCCCCGCUCCUCACCCUAUGGUACCUUGGCGAGGACGAGACCCCGUGUACAGCUACGACCAACGGCUGGGCGUGAGCGGCGAGUCGUGGGCGGACCCGCAGGUGUUCCAGGGCCGCGCACACUACCUCGCGCACCUCAGUCCCCCUGCCAUGCUCAUAAUGCGCGCCACGGUGGACGACGCGCACGUCUACCGCUGCAGGGUGGACUUCCAUAAUUCCAACUCACGAGUGGCGUGGGUCAAACUGGAAGUCAUUGUGCCGCCGGAGAGGGUGGAGAUAAUUCCUGAGCGGUCUCCUGUGAAACCUGGCGACAAAAACGAUGUCGUGUGCCGAGCCGUGGGAGGCAAGCCCCCCGCCAGUGUGGUGUGGGUACAGGGGGGCCGCGUGGUGGACCCCAACAGUACCGUGGAGGGAGAUGGGACCUUCAAUAGUCUGGAGGUCCCUGCAUCGAGACGAGAUCUCACCAUCCCCUUCAUCUGCCAGGCUUCCAAUAAUGACGUCACAGAGCCUGUCACCGCCUUCUACACGCGUAACGUUACUUGCGGGCCCGUGAACGUCAAGGUGACAGCCUCUGAAAACCCGCUGGUGGAGGGCAGAGAGGCGGAGAUCACCUGCAGGGCCACUGGCAGCAACCCCCCCGCAGUGAUCACGUGGUACAGGGAGGGACGGACCAUGGAUGCUCAGGAUAUUAACGUGACGCGGCAGGACACGGAGACGGUAAGUGUGCUGAGCCUGGUCCCCGCGAGACAGCAUCACGGGCUUCAGUUGCUGUGUCGAGCCGAGAACCCCUCCCUUCCAUUGGCCGCCCUCGAACAAAUCUUCGUCCUUAACGUCGCCUAUCGCCCCAAGGCAGAGCUGAGGGUGGAAUGGCCUCAGGAUUUUGAUCUUCUGACGGAGGGCGGUGAUCUGUUCUUAGAAUGUAUGGUGGAGUCCAACCCAGAGCCUUACAAGAUUAAAUUCUUCCAUGACGGACACGAGCUGGUGCAUAACGUGAGCAAGAGGAUCCUGGUGACGAAGGCUUCUCUGGCCCUGCAGGAGGUCUCUCGCCACACCUCCGGCCGCUACCAGUGUCUCGCCUCCAACGUGGAAGGAGACGCGCUAAGUAACAACCUCACCAUCGCCGUCAAAUACUCGCCUCGCUGCGUCCUCACUCCUGGGGUCGUUGGGGCGGCGCUCGGGCAAGUGACCAACGUGACCUGCCGUGUGGAGGCUGAUCCCGCUAACGUGACCUUUAUGUGGAGCUUCAGCAACGCCGCCAGACAUUCUAGAAGCCGUCCCAUUGAUAGGGAUAUGUACACCACAUCGGGCCUCACUAGCGUGCUACAGUACAGGCCGAGCACGGUACGGGACUACGGUACACUGUCUUGCUACGCCAACAACUCGGUGGGGACACAGAAGGAACCGUGCACCUUCACCCUCGUUACUGCAGGGCCACCAGAAAGGGUCACCAACUGUUCUGUGUUCAACGUGACCUCACACACGGCAGAGGUUAGCUGCUCACCUGGCUUCAACGGAGGUCUUCCGCAAAGCUUCCUUCACCAGGUUAGGGUGGCCGAUACUGGGCAGGUGCUGUACAACGUGACCUCGGAUGAGCCAGGCUUCAUGGUCAAGCUGCUGGGGCCAGGAAGGCAGUACGAGGCUGUAGUGAUGGCUUACAAUGGUCACGGAAACUCCAGACCCGCCGUCCUGCCACUUCUUACCCUUACGGAGGCUGACAUGCAUAAGAUAUCAACACAACUUCAACCACCACCACCACCACCACCUUCCUCUCCAUCACCACUACCACCACCCCUGCCACCAUCCGUACCACCACCACCAUCGCCACCACCGCCACCACCACCCACACACGCGACCGUCACCACCCUCACCUUACCAAUAACAACAGUAUCCUCCGUUCCAGGUCUUCCUUCCCGCCCUAAGCCUCGACGCCUGGUGUGGGUGCUGGGCGUGGUGGUGGGCGUGGUGGUGGGCGUGGCAGGGGCGGCAGCGGGAGUGUGGUGGGUGCGUGGGCGCGGCAGUUCCCACACCCUGAGAAACCGCGAGGACUGCAUGACCAAGCUCCACAAGCCUGACCUUACAGGUAACGGGAGGGACGCAGGGGACGCGAUGGGUGUGAAUGGUGUGGUUCAACAUACGAUUUACGACUCUAUGGGCCGGUACCGUGGCUUUGCUCACCUUCAGCAGAACGACAUGUACCAGAACAGUAUGAUGACUACCUCUGUCGCUGCCACCUCCGCCGCCACCCCAACACCCUCCGCCCCGCCCGCUGAUCCCCCCAGCAGCCUCACCUCCAAAUUCUCGCUCAUCAGGAAGGGAAAGCCAUCCACCACGCCCGCUCCUCCAAUAGACCCAAAGUGCGGAAGCGAGGCAAUGAACGGGCGAGGAGGAGGAGCGAGCAUAGGAGGUGGGCUGGGAGACAGAGGAGGAGGCAGCGCUGGGGGAAGCGGAGAGGGAGGCAGCGAAGGAGGAAGAGGUGCGGGUGGAGAGGAAGAAAAGUCCGAAGCACCGUGGCAGAGGGUCAUCAGCCAUCUGACUUCCUCGAGCAAUGAGAGCAAGUUCUUCGACGUGUGGCGGAUCCCUGGUGUGAGGAGUGCCAAGCAACAGGCCCCGAAUGAGAGCGUCCUAUAAGCCGGGAGAGAGAAAACUGAACGUGUGUGUGUGUGUGUGUGUGUUUGAGGGUUGGGUUUUUUCUGGAAGAAUAAUGAAAUAGGUGAAGAUAUACGUUGACGGAACUACUUGAGAGCCUUUUACUGAGAAAGGAGUUGGGAGGAAGAAAUUACAGAGAGAGAGAGAGAGAGAGAGAGAGAGAGAGAGAGAGAGAGAGAGAGAGAGAGAGAGAGAGAGAGAGAGAGAGAGAGAGAGAGAGAGACAGAGAGAAUGUGUUUACUUGUUCUAGCGAUACUAUUAAAAAUAAAUACUUCCACUUUUCCCCUUUUUUUGGAUCAGGAGAUUAAGAAGUUGAAAGAGAGAAGAUACCAUUACUAAUCUAGCCUUCCCUCUUCAUGACCACCAUCACCCUCCUCCUCAGACCUUCUCCUCGUCCUCCUCUUCCAUUCAUUAUUCUUGAGCACCAGUACCUCAGACACGGCAGACUAGUUAACAUAUAUUUUGUGGCCAAGUAGCUUUUGUACAUCGUCUCUUGAAACAGAAAGACGUCCUUCAGUGUAAAUAGAUUACAGAACAAAUAUAGAUAUAAAGGAUAUAUACAUAUAUGGUGGAGAGAGAUAGAGCGAAGGAUAAACUGAUUCAACUGAUUAACUCUAUAUGUAUAAAAGAAAAACAUAAGUAAAAGUGAGGAUCUAUAUAAAUAUUGUGAAGUUAAUCAAAAGCUCUGUCCGCCUUACGCUAAUAGGUGUUGAUGUUAAGGUGAUCAUCAAUCAGUCCUUUCUUACGUUAUUGUGUGUGUGUGUGUGUGUGUGUGUGUGUGUGUGUGUGUGUGUGUGUGUGUGUGUGUGUGUGUGUGUGUGUGUGUGUGUGUGUGAAGGUGACGAUGUUUUGGUUACCUGUUGAUGUUGGUUAGUUUUGAUGUGACGGUCCAAGGUGUGUGAGUUUUGUGUUUCUGGAUGUUUUGGAUGUUUCCUGUCCUAUAGAAAAAUGAAAAAAGGAAAUAAUCUUUUAUUGAUGAUAAACGAUAAGAAAAAAAAAAAGCUUAAACUAACAUUUGAACUGAAAUCAUUACUUAAGAUUUCUGAUAGUGUAGAUAAAAAAAAACGAUGAUGGAAAUACAAUGAAAAAGAAAAAAAGGAAAGUUAACCGGAAUUCAGUUAUAUAAGAAAUUACAUAUCAAGAUUAAAGUGGCUAGGGAUACAUAUUUUUUUUUUCUUGUUCUACAUCAGCUUCCAAAGGCUGUCAUGGGUUGGUGUGGGGCUGUCCUGACGCUACUGCUCAGGAUUGGGCUAUAUUACUCCUUGCUGUGCAUUUGUACAUAACCUGUGCCAAAAUACAUGUAAUAAAUGGUCUAAAAAGUACAUCAUGUGCUCGCCUCACGUACUUA